AUGGGACUUUUAUGUGUGGCUUCUGAUCUAGCGUGUUUGCAGGUGUUAUCAAGGAGAAUACAUUUUGGAAAAUAUGUAGCUGAAGUAAAGUUCAGAAGCGAGACUGAAGCAUACAGUGCUGCCAUUCGCGCAAAAGUCAGACAAAGAUAUCUUAUGAACCUAUUGACAGAUAGUAAAGUGGAAGCGAUGGUGAAGCAAAGAACUGAGAAGAAAGCCAAGGUUUUUGGGCACGAAGUAACCCUCAAUGACACAAGUAAUUCCAAUGACUACAAGGUUGAUCCUUCAUUGGUCUCUCGUCUUUAUGAUGAAUGGGUGAUUCCUCUGACUAAAGAUGUUGAAGUUGAAUACCUUCUCCGGCGUCUAGAUUGA